UACUUUUUUUUCGCCUUGUGUUGUUGCUGAUGACAGGGGCAAAACAACACUCGGACAGCUGCUCAUGUUAACAAUUUUAGUCGCUGCAAAAACACGUUUAAUAGCUCAUUGUUGCCUGAUGACAACACGGUGAAGAACGGGGUGGCCAGCCCAGGGAAUGGAGUGGCCCAGAUUAAGUACAACAUCUCGGGCCUCUUGAGGGACCACUAGCCACUUAGCCUGAGCACACCGAUGAUGUAGCCAAUAAAAUGGAGUAUGAUGAGAGACUUGCACACUUCCGCCAAACUCGCCUCAAUCCAUUUGAUCGUGGAGAGGAGGAAGAUGAUCCUGAAGGAGGGAAGGCAACCCAUCAACAUGAAGCAAGAUCUGAACUGUUUUCCGGGACCAAAACCCACAGUUCUGAUCGUACCAUGGACCUUGGCCUAGCUGAGGACCAUUUCUCCAGACCUGUGGGUUCUUUUGUGGCUUCAGACAUUGAACAGCUGAAACUGGCCAUAGAAGAAUGUAAGAAGCUGAUCUUGGAGCUGCCAGAGCACUCGGAGAGACAAAAGGACACCGUGGUGAAACUGAUCCAUCUGCGACUCAAACUGCAGGAACUCAAGGACCCAGAAGAAGAAGAGCCUAAUCUGAGAAUCAUACUGGAGCACCGCUUUUCAAAGGAGAAGAGCAAGAGCGUGAAACAGACCUGUGAUAAGUGUAGCACCAUCAUUUGGGGUCUAAUCCAGACCUGGUAUACCUGCACAGGAUGCUAUUACCGUUGCCAUAGUAAGUGCAUGAACCAGAUCACAAAGCCCUGUGUCCGGUCAAAGGUGAGCCACCAGUCGGAGUACGAACUGAGCAUCUGCCCAGAAAUAGGACUAGAUCGGCAAGACUACCGCUGUGCAGAGUGCCGCACUCCUGUUUCCUUGCGGGGUGUACCCAGCGAGGCCAGACAAUGCGAUUACACAGGUCAAUAUUACUGCAGCACGUGCCACUGGAACGACACGGCCAUCAUACCGGCUCGGGUCAUCCACAACUGGGAGUUUGAACCACGCAAGGUUUGUCGCUCCUCGAAACGUUAUUUGACACUCAUGAUGCCCCGACCUGUGCUGAAGCUGAAAGAAAUCAACCCACUGCUAUUCAACUUCGUGGAGGAACUGGUUGAGAUCAGAAAACUUCGUCAUGAUAUUCUGUUGAUGAAACCCUAUUUCAUUACCUGCAAGGAGGCGAUGGAAGCUCGGCUGCUGCUUCAACUGCAGGAUCGCCAGCACUUUGUUGAGAAUGACGACAUGUACUCACUACAAGACUUGAUUGACAUCUCCACUGGGAGGCUGAGCUGCUCCCUCACUGAGAUCCACACAACAUUUGCCAAGCACAUCAAACUGGACUGCGAGCGUUGUCAGGCCAAAGGCUUUGUCUGUGAGCUUUGCAAGGAGGGAGACAUCCUGUUCCCUUUCGACAGUCACACCUCAGUGUGUCACGAGUGUUCUGCUGUCUUCCACAGAGACUGCUACUAUGACAACUCUACAACGUGUCCACGGUGUGCCCGAAUGACCGACCGCCAACAGGAUGAGGUAGAAGAAGAGAAAUGAGCUCGACUCCAGGAAGAAACAGCGGGUGUUUUCAUAACAUGUUGGUUACUCUCAGUCAGGCUUAUUAGGUCAAACUAGCUUCUCCUCUUGGUCCUGAGUUGGGUUUUUCUUUUUGGUCCACUACAAUGUAAAACAGGGAGCUAAAACAUGUAAAACCUGGUGUACUGAACACAUUGUGUGUCUGAGGUGAUCCUGUGUUCCUGCUGGGAUGUUUGUGAUCAUAGCUGCUUAAAAUAAGUUUACAUUUCCGUUCCUUUUAGAAGAAUUUCUCAACGCUGGUUGAAGAUGAUGCCUGAAGAAGCUUUUAUUGCUCUGAGUCAUAAACCUAUAUUCUUUAUUAAAAGGUUUUGAUGUAUUAAGUUGAAAUUCCCCGUUUUUAAUUAGAAGAUGAUAAAAUGUUAAUGAUAAAUUUACCACUCAUUAUCUUGUUUUGUGAUUCUCAUAUAAAUCUGAAAUCAUGUGCUCAAUAAUCGAUUAUUGUGUCAACCUGCAAAGAUAUACAGUUUUUAUUUGUUGUUUUAAUUCUGCAGGUAUUUAUUCUUUCCAAAUAGAACCCUAUUAGUCAGUUUUAAUAGUCUAUGGGGUCCUUACAUAAACAUAACUAUUUACAGGGCUAACUGUAUUUUCAUCAUUUCAUUAGCAUUUAUUUCCAUAUUUCUCUGAUUUUUUAUCAGUCAGUAAUGGGUAAAACUGUAAAGCUUAUAAGUAAAUUUGGUAAAUAAAAAAAACAAAUAGCGAUUACAACCAUACUCUGAAUCCAUACUAACAGAUUUCUACCCAAAGCAUGCUUCUGCAGUACAGUUUUGGAGUCCAGAGGUAUUUGUGCUUCUCUGUUAUUUAAAGCUGUUUACUCAUUCGUACACUCAGGAUGUUUUCUGGAGCUCAGCUCAGUGCCGUGUAGCUAAUGGCUGAAUAUUGUGUUUCUAACAUGUUCACCUUACAGCUGCUAUCCAAACAUCUUAAUAUCAUUGUGUUAAUGGUUUCAGUCUUAUGCUAUUGAAAACAAGUUUUGUGUAGACAUGAUAAGUAUAUUAGGUGGUGAUUUUGUGAUAAUUUGGACAUAAAGUAUUUGUUUUAAAAUAUCAAUGUUUUGGCUGUGUUAUUUUUCAGCAGCAUGAAGUACUGUAAAUAUCUAUUUUUUUUAUUUUAAAUUUAUCGAACAUACAUGGUGUUGGUAAAAACAAUACCCUGUUGUAAACAAUGAUCAGCGCAUGAAUAAAUAUACUUCCUGGCUGA